GAUCCAUCUGGAAAUAUGUAUUAUACAUGGAUACAGAUUAUGAUUGUGCCUGUACUCUACAACUGGGUUAUCAUUAUUUGCAGGACCGUCUUCACAGAUAUUGAGAACAGCUAUUUGAGUGUAUGGCUAACCCUGGACUAUUUGUGUGAUUUGUUCUACAUUUUUGAUAUGGUGAUCAGAUUUAAAACAGGAUUUUUGGAACAAGGCAUUUUGGUUCAAGAGCAAUCUCGCUUGUCUCAAAACUAUAUCCGCUCCUCAGAGUUUAAAUAUGAUGUUUUAUCCAUCUUACCAACAGAUCUUCUGUACUUCUAUCUAGGAAUUCAUUAUCCGAUUGUGAGAAUUAACCGCUUUGUUCGGGUCUAUCGGCUUUUUGAGGCAUUUGAUCGCAUAGAGACGCGCACAUCAUAUCCCAACACUUUCCGUCUGUGCAAGCUGAUGUUGUAUGUCUUUGUUUUAAUCCACUGGAAUGCCUGCUUUUAUUUUGCUCUGUCUAGUACAAUUGGCUUUGGAGAAGAUGAUUGGGUAUACCCUAACAUGUCAGAUCCAGAUUUUGCUACUGAGUAUAGACAAUACAUCUAUAGCUUCUUUUUCUCUACACUGAUUUUAACCACUGUUGGAGAUACCCCUAAACCAGAGAGAGAGGAAGAAUUCAUGUUCAUGAUGGUGGACUUUCUCAUUGCUGUUCUUGCCUUUGCCUCUGUUGUGGGUAACAUUGGUCAUGUCAUCUCCAAUCUAAACAAUGCAGAGAAAGCAUUCUUUCCAAAUCAUGAGCUAGUUAAGAGCUACUUUAAAAAUCAUAAGGUAAAUAAAGAUCUCCAGAAGAGGGUGAAUAACUGGUACCAGCACCUUUACAUUAACAAAAAGAUGACCAAAGAGAAUGAAAUCCUCAAAACUCUGCCUGAGAGACUGAGAGCUGAAGUUGCUGUAAGUGUCCAUCUAGGGACACUAAGCAAAGUGACCAUUUUUCAGAAUUGCGAGAUGAGCCUGCUAGAAGAACUUGUGUUAAAACUGAAACCCCAGGUGUUUAGUCCUGGAGAAUAUGUCUGUAAAAAGGGUGAUGUUGGCCAUGAAAUGUACAUUAUCAAGGAAGGGAAACUGGCAGUGGUUGCUGAUGAUGGAGUUACUGAAUUUGCAGUCCUUGGUGAAGGGAAUUUCUUUGGAGAGAUCAGCAUUCUAAACAUUAAAGGAAACACAUCUGGGAAUAGAAGGACAGCCAAUAUUAAAAGUAUUGGUCACUCUGACCUUUUCUGUUUGUCCAAAGAAGACCUCAAGGGGGUCUUGACUGAAUACCCUGAAGCCAAGAGGAUCCUGGAAGAAAAAGGGAAACAAAUCCUUAUAAAGAUGGGCAAGCUAGAUGAAAACCUGGCUGGGGGAUUAGAGAGCAAAGAGGAGCAGAUGAAUUCCAGAAUUAAAAGGAUUGAAGACAGUCUAGACUCCCUGCAGACAAAACUGGCUAGAAUGGUGGCAGAAAUGGCAUCCAGUACAGACAAGUUAAAAAUGAGAGUUGAAAGUUUAGAGAAUGAUAUAAAUCAUUGGCAGGCAUCAUGUGAAGAAGUGAAGUAA